GCCUAGGACAACUUGUUCACAGCCGCAGCUUACUUUGGGUCUUAGUCUAUUCUAGAGUAUGGUACCAUAAGUUUUCUGGUUUUGAGGCAUCUUUUUUUUUCUCUUCACCUCGGUUCCUAUUUAUGAAGUAUAAGCCCGACCCGUUCCACCAGGCCAAACGGUAAAACAGUCGUUACCAGCUACUCCUUGCCUUAACCAUCAUCUCAAGUUACGUCAAAUCAAACCAGUCUCGAGUCAUCGUCCUGCAUUUUCACCGUCUGAUCUCCACCCUCCAUCGAGCCAACCGCUCCGAGCUUGUGAACAUUAACGACUUUGCGCAACCUUAAUUACCAAUUAAUCAGAUUCCAGAAUACGAAUGGGAGAUUAACUAUGUCGGCCGACCUCUUUGCUGAGUUUGGCGCUCCUUCACAAAGCAACCAUCCCUCAAAAUCAACGCACCCGGCCCAGUCCGCGCCCGCUAACGAUCCCUUCUCCUUUUUCGACUCUUCGUUCUCUUCCACCCUUCCGACUACGAGCAGCAAUCCAGCACAGCCGCCGCAGUCCCAAUGGCAAACUUCAUCACAAUGGCCAAACUCCCAAACCACCACCAGGGGAGGUGGGAGCAUGUGGGAUGAUCUGAGUGGUCUCGGCACAAAAAAGCCGUCAGCAGCACCGGCGGCGGCUGAAGAGGACGAUGGCUGGGGCGACUUUGAGGUUGCCAGCCCGGGAAUCGUCGAAACCCCGCCCAAGCCCAAGCCUGUACAAAACGGCUUCUACGCCCCUUCGAACGCAUCGAACCAGCCCACGGCGUCCGGCUCCUCACCUCGUCCACCAACGAGGAUAGUACGCGCAUCCACAAUAGACAUGAUGACGAAUAGAUUGGUAGACACGGAAGCAGGAAGUGCGAUCUCGGGGGUGGAUAAAAUGCAGACACAUAUAGAGCAGCCGCCUUCAAAAAGGGCAGAGCCAAAACCUAAGAAUCCUGACCCUAAUGUCCUCUUUGAUGCCGACGACUUUGACGGCGAGGCCCCUCCCGACGAGGAUGAUGAGUUUGGGGACUUUGAAACCGUCGCUGCUCCCACUCCUGCUGCUCCGACGCCCAUGAUAGACCUCAUAUCGGAAUCCAGUGCUCCUGGUGAGACGACAGGUUUCUCGGGUAGGGUAUCAUCUACUACCAGGAAUGCGCCGCCAAGCCAGCUGCUGUCAUCGCCGGGCUUUUCGGAAAACUGCGCGUUUCCGCAACCCCAAAGGUCGCCAUCGUUCCAGGAGCGGAAUCCCUUCCAGGGCCUGAAGGUGACGACGCCUAAGCAGGAUGAGUUUGGUUUCUCCAAUGGAACCAAGCAGCAGCAGCCACCGGCUAAAAAACCAGAAGAUUCUCCAACCCCGGUCACAGCCUGGCCUGCCCCAGGGGGAGAGGAACAGGCGGCAAAGGAGUCAACCGACAUAUGGGGUGCAUUUGACGACUUCACACCUGAGAAGAAGCCCCAGCCAGAGACGACCAACCCCGGUUGGGAUUGGGAUGUGGCGGAUGGAGUGGUCCCGCAGUCUUCAGGCUCUGCCGUGACCCCCUUUCCCGGUGUUAGCCAGAAACAACAACCUAAGCCAGCCCCGACCAAGAAGAUAAAAAAUGUUCCAGCUAAGCAGCAAGAGCAGAAGGACUCAAGCUGGGACUGGGACGCCGAGACGCCAGAACAAGAUAAACCCACGGCCCAAACCAACACCCAGCCUCAGCCCAAAGUCGUAGACGACAAGGCACCGCCGCCUACCAACAUCCCACCCCCUUCGAUCCUCCUCUCCCUUUUCCCCGCCAUGCUCGCCCUCCCCAACGAAGCCCUCUACAAGCCGACGGCGACCCAAACCCCCGCCGUCAAGGCCCGCGUGCUCUCGGACCCGGCGACGGCCACAUUCUUACGCGCCUACCUCGUGCUCGCCACCGUGGCCGCCCGCAUCCUCGCCGGUCGCAAGCACCGCUGGCACCGCGACAAGUUCCUGGCCCAGAGCAUGUCCAUCUCGGCUGCGGGCGGCAAGGGCGGCGGCAUGAAGCUCGCCGGCGUCGACAAGACUCAGGCCGCCCGCGAGGACAGAGAAGCCGCCGACGUGGUCGCCGUCUGGCGCGCUCACGUCGGCCGCCUCCGUGCCGCCGUCGCCGCAGCCGCCAAGGGGGACGAUGACAACAGUAACCAGCAGCACUUUAGGGUCCCCGAGAUCUCAGAGAAGCCCGUCGUCUCGACGGCCAAAAACGUCCCCACCGCGACCAAGGCCUGCAUCGUUUGCGGCCUCAAGCGGGACGAGCGCAUCAAGGGUGUCGACUUUGAGGUCGAGGACAGCUUUGGCGAGUGGUGGGUCGACUAUUGGGGUCACAGGGCGUGUAGGAAUUUUUGGAUAGAGCAUGAAGCUGAGCUGCGGCAGAGAUGAGGAACUGACGAAAGUGGCCCUUGUUUGACUUUUGGUUUUAAUUUUUAUUAUUCAUUUUACCUAUUGCAUAUCGCAUCUUCGUACUGGCUCAUAAUAUACUAUACGUAAGAGUUCCCGAAGCGUUUUUUGUUGGCAUCCCAGGGCGCUUUGGAAAAGCGGCCAGCAUAGAUUAGUUACGGUGUGGCAAAAGAAUGCAUUUGGUUUCAUCAAUAGAAUUCCAAAGCAUCGUGGUAGACACAAGAAAGAAUGUUAGGUAUUAAUGGGUUCGAGGCUUCUCAAAGCAGUUGGUAUAUUGAUGCCCAAACUCCGCGAGCUGCUUGCUUGCUUUCCCUUCCAUGCGAUAUCAAAAAAGACGACUCCAAAAGAACCAUGCUCCCCCACCGUCCGUGUGAACAAAACAGAGCUAACAAAAAACAAAAAAAACAAAAAAAACAAAAAAUGAAAAAAGUCGGGUCCUAUUAUACAAAUAAAAAACAAACAAAUGAACAAA